AUGAAUAUUCGUGAGAUUUGGCCAGAAGUUCCCAUAGAUAAGGAGAGAAAGGGAGGGUUGGUAGAUAAGGGUAAGAAGGGCUUACCGAGAAUUCCAAAAGAAAUUGAACAAUUUGGAUUUAAGAUUGAAGUGGGUUUGGAUGACGUCAUCAAGAAUCGGUCUUUGUUAGUGGUAAGUAAAGAGAUAAUUGGGGUGUUUAAUAGGUGUAUUUGGGAUUCAUUGGAUAUAAGGAAGAGGAGGGAUAUUCAAGUGGAUCUUAAGAAGAUUAGUAAGUUGUAUGAAGAAGCCAAUCAAGUAAUUGCCGGGUAUAGGUUGGCCGAAGCUAAAGAAAAGAUAGCUUUGAGUUUGGCCCAGCAGAUAGAGAAAAAGAAAGAGUUGCUCAAGAAAAUGACUUUACAGGAAUUAUGA